UUAAGAGAAAGUGGGGGCUUGGGGUGUCAGAAGCCGGUAGCCAGGUGGGCGCAGGGGGUCAGCAGCUGGGCUGCGACCGUUGGCGAGGAGUUCAAGUUGUGCAUAUGUGGGGAAGAGGGGAAGAGAGAGAGGUGUUUCAGAGGUGACAUUCUCUCAGCCUGCAAGCCUUCUUCCCGGGGCGCCAUAAACGCCCCCAAUUACCCAGCUGAUAAAGGAAGAGGAGGAAGAUCUUAGCAGAGCCAUGUCUCAGGAUGGUGCUUCUCAGUUCCAAGAAGUCAUUCGACAAGAGUUAGAAUUAUCUGUGAAGAAGGAACUAGAAAAAAUACUUACUACAGCACCAUCGCAUGAGUUUGAGCACACUAAAAAAGACCUUGAUGGAUUUCGGAAGCUAUUUCAUAGAUUUUUGCAAGAAAAAGGACCUUCUGUGGAUUGGGGAAAAAUCCAGAGACCUCCAGAAGAUUCGAUUCAACCCUAUGAAAAGAUAAAGGCCAGGGGCUUACCUGAUAAUAUAUCUUCUGUACUAAAUAAGCUGGUGGUGGUGAAACUCAAUGGUGGUUUGGGAACCAGCAUGGGAUGCAAAGGUCCGAAAAGUCUGAUUGGUGUGAGGAAUGAGAAUACCUUUUUGGAUCUGACCGUUCAGCAAAUUGAACAUUUGAACAAAACCUACAAUACAGAUGUUCCUCUUGUUCUAAUGAACUCUUUUAACACGGAUGAGGAUACAAAAAAAAUAUUACAGAAGUAUAAUCACUGUCGUGUGAAAAUCUACACUUUUAAUCAAAGCAGGUACCCAAGGAUUAAUAAGGAAUCUUUACUGCCUGUAGCAAAGGAUGUCUCGUACUCAGGGGAAAAUACAGAAGCUUGGUACCCUCCAGGUCACGGUGAUAUUUACGCCAGUUUCUACAACUCUGGUUUGCUUGACACCCUAAUAGGAGAAGGCAAAGAGUAUAUUUUUGUGUCUAACAUAGAUAAUCUGGGUGCCACCGUGGAUCUUUAUAUUCUUAAUCAUCUGAUGAACCCACCAAAUGGGAAACCCUGUGAAUUUGUCAUGGAAGUCACAAAUAAGACACGGGCAGAUGUAAAGGGUGGGACCCUCACUCAGUAUGAAGGCAAACUGAGGCUGGUGGAAAUCGCACAAGUGCCAAAAGCACAUGUUGAUGAGUUCAAGUCUGUAUCAAAAUUCAAAAUAUUUAACACAAACAACCUAUGGAUCUCUCUUGCAGCAGUUAAAAGACUGCAAGAGCAAAAUGCUAUUGAUAUGGAAAUCAUUGUGAAUCCAAAGACUUUGGAUGGAGGCCUGAAUGUCAUUCAGUUAGAAACUGCAGUAGGGGCUGCCAUUAAAAGUUUUGAAAACUCUCUAGGUAUUAAUGUUCCUAGGAGCCGUUUCCUACCUGUCAAAACCACAUCAGAUCUCUUGCUUGUGAUGUCAAACCUCUAUAGCCUUAAUGCAGGAUCUUUGACAAUGAGUGAAAAGCGGGAAUUUCCUACAGUACCCUUGGUUAAAUUAGGCAGUUCUUUUACAAAGGUUCAGGAUUAUCUAAGGAGAUUUGAAAGUAUACCAGAUAUGCUUGAAUUGGAUCACCUAACAGUUUCAGGAGAUGUGACUUUUGGCAAGAAUGUUUCACUAAAGGGAACAGUUAUCAUCAUUGCAAAUCAUGGUGACCGAAUCGACAUCCCCCCUGGAGCAGUAUUAGAGAACAAGAUUGUAUCUGGGAACCUUCGGAUCUUGGACCACUGAAAUGAAAAAAAUACUGUGUACACUUCAUACUAAUUAUGGGCUAAAUAGUUUCUUACAAUGAAAUGUUCUCUAGGAUUCUAAAAUUGGCAGGUACUUUACUAUGUUACUGUACCCUGCAGUGUUCAUUUUUAAAGUAGAGUAUGCAAUAUGCCUUUAGUCCAAGAAAAGCACAGAUGGAAGCAAUACUUCUCUUUGAAGAGGAUCCUGAAAUUUAGUUCAUCUUAAAGUGCAAUACUGUUUACUCUUCAAAUUGGGGCAGCUCUGCUGGAAUAUCUUUGAACAGAGGCCUCAAUGAUGGUCACUUUGAAUUGCUUGUGAUUUCAAAAAUAAAGCUGUGAGGCAAUCCAUGUGUACAUGUAUAUUUUCAAUGCUAACUUUAUGAAAUGAAAAACAGUUUACUCUUGCAAAAUAGUUAAAUAUUUCAAGAGCAAAUCUUCCUACUGAAAUAGUAAAUACUCGUAAAUACUCACUGGCCAGCUACCUGACACACAUCUAGUUUUGCAUUUCUAAGAAUCUUAACCACAUCAUUCUUUCCAUAGGAAUUAAACCUGAAGGUAUUCAGUACCUUUCAUCUAGUUCUGAAGCUGGAUGCCUGCCAUGCAUUCCACAGACUCCCCAUUUAUGAAAACAAAGCAAUGUUUCUUUUCCCAGCUGUAGGGACGGGGGUGGGUAGAGGUAGGGUUUUUCACUUACAUACUUGUUCUUUUAGGUAUGGUGGGGUGGAGGGAGAACUUUAUAACAAGUUCCUUGAAGCUUUCUUGCUGUCAGUGAAAAUAUUCAUGAAUAACCUUUCAAAGCAGCUCUGCUGGUAGUUGAAUCUGUGGCUUUUUUGUAAGGAUUACAUUUUCUAAUUCUUCCACACUUGUUUUUGAGUAAGCUGCCUGUAAUUUAAAAUUUACUUGUACACUAUUAAAAAAAAAGUUGCCUUA